UCCUGGUGGGUAAAGUCUUCCAGACCCCUGCAGACACACAGCAGCAGGACUUCCCUUUCUUCUGCAGACUGCACCAACGUCAGAGAGGAGCCGGACUCACCUGGAAGGAUCUCGGCUCGUCGUGAACAGAAGUGGACCCAACAUGGCAUCCCAGAGCCCAGCGCUCCCACAGUCCUUCUCUCCUGGGACAGACAGCGUCUUUUCUGACCAGUCAGGCUUCUAUUCACUCGACUCCAAUGUUCCUGGACUCUCUAAGGUGAUUCUCAACCAGCUCAGCAUGAAGGACUAUGGAGAAUACAGGGCUGCUGUGGAGGGAAAGACUAAAGGACUCCGGUUCCGCAACUACAAGGAGAUGUUCCAGAAGAUGGAGGAAACCUUCAAGUUCUGCGCCAGCUGCAACAAACUCCCGGAGCGUCUCGCCGAGGGACAGACCCUGAAGCGCUGCGUGAAGUGUCUGAAUGUGUACUACUGCACAAAGGACUGCCAGAAAAAGGACUGGCCUCAUCACAAGAAGGUCUGCAAAAUCCUGCGACUGGUGGCCAUUGACCGGUUGGUGGAGUGGCUGAUGUUCACUGGAGAUCUUCCAAUCCCAACUGAGCAAUGGUCCAAAGCACCUGCAGAUGUGAAGGGUUGGGACGACUGGCUUCCCAUGCAGGAGGGCCUCACCCAAAGUCUGGACAGAAUCCUAUCCAGCGCCAACAUGGCAGCUCUGUGGAAGAACGCCGACAGGACCCGACCAGACGAUGACGACCUGAAACAGUCCUUAUGGAGGAUUCAGAGCGAGUUCAUAUCUCGGGUUCUGACCGUAGGAAGGGCAAUUCAGCAGUUUGGGCUGGACCCGUAUCUGAAGCCUCUCACCGUUCACAUCGUAGGGGCCUCCCACAGUGAGACUAUGGGAGCCAGACUGACUGACUAUGAUGAGCUGAGCCACAUGUUUCCUGGACACCAGGGCAUUGAGAUAGUGAUGGUGGGCCCUGAGGUGGUGGACGGCCACAUCGUGAGACCUCCGCUCAGAGCAUUUGGCCCCAAGCACAAGGUGUACAUCAGUGCCUAUAAGGGCCUCUACCAUCAGUUCUGGGAGGAUGUGGUGGAGAAAGGGGAAGCGGCCAGGCCAGACGUUGUAGUCGGAUUCCACCCAGGUUUCCACGCCAACCAGGGUUUGGUCCAGGGCUGGCUGCCCUCCCUCCUGCUGCUCAGAGACUACAACAUCCCGUCUUUCUUCACUAUGUUCAGUGACACAGAGCUCCAGUAUUCCCUGCAGAUCCUGCUGGAGCUGGAGAUGCACAUCAGAGACAGCGGGCCCAGUCCGUUCAGCUCCCAGAAACCGGAGCAGGUCCAGGCCUGUCCUAACAAACCGCCGGUCUACUGCAACUCCCACUACGUCUGCUUCCAGGGCCUCCUGCCUCGGGAUGACCUCCAGGGGUCACUUUAAUGAUGAGGUCUGAGGGCACGAAUGUUAGGGCCACACUAAGAAAUUAUGACUUUAUUCUCAUAUUAUCAUCACUUUAUUCUCAUAAUACUCAUUAUUCUUGUAUGAGUCAUUGUACGACUUUAUCCUUGUAAUAUUUUGACUUUAUUCUUGUUAUAUUAUGAUUUCAUUUUUGUAAUAUUAUGGUUUUAUUCUCUUAUUAGUUUGACUUUAUUCUCAAAAUAUUUUAACAUUACUGACUUUAUUGUUGUACAUUUAUGACUAUUCUCGUAAUAAUAAUAUAUCACAGUUUUAUCUAUUAAUUUUUUUCUGAGUAUGACUCUAACUCUGUCGUCUGUGGGAGACAUAUUGUCUCUAAGAGCCAAACUUCACCUGAUUUUUCUCCUCAUGAUGCUUUAACUAAAGAGAGAGAGUAAAGAAAUCUCUUAAAUUAAAAUUGUUUUUUUUUACUGGCCACUCAGACAUUUCACCAGUCACUGAUUUUUUUUCUUUUGAUUACAAGCCCCACCUGUACAAGCAAAUUAUAUAAAAUAUACGAUUUAUUCUUAACUCUAUGAAAACCGGUUUACAUAUACAGACUAUUUUAACAUAACAGAGGUAAAGCAAUAAGUUCACUUGAAGUAAUUACUAACAGCAAACUUUAACUACACAACCCUGAAAUUCUUGCAAUCAUUUCCUCUGUUGAACGUUUCCAGGUUUAGGCUACAACUCCCCCAGAUAGUAUUAAGUUAAAAUGUGUCUAGUGAUUUUUUAAAAACAUUUUUAAAUGGUUUCAAUUGCUGUUUUCUAACUAUUCUAGUUGUUUUCCCUUACUUAUUACGUUUUCUAUUGAAAUUCACAAUUCUUAUUUUUACUAAAAACAUCUCAGAACGUGUUCAUUAUUAAUAAAACGGCCGUCAUUAUUCCUGUGUUUUCCCAGAGUUUUUCAGUCUGCCUGCUAGCUUAGCGUUAGCUUUCCCCACUCACUCACACCUGCCCUCCUGCCUCUUAAUGAACAUGUUCCCUCCUUCUUACCGGGCAGCAGCAGCUAAUCUGAUGUAUGUGCAUUAGUCUGUUUCCCAGACGGUCAGUCCGCCCCUGGACUAAAGUUCAAACUGAAUGGAGUUUUUUUUGUUUCCUCUUCAAAUUGUCAACCCGCCACAGUAAAUUCUUCCGUUGGUCCAAUUUACACGCCACUUCAUACUUUUACCCGCAUUUGGCUGCUAAUUUCCACGCCUGCUUACAUCUGAUUUUCCUUGAUGACGUGAGCAGCAGUUCCCCCUCUGCUGGCAGCCUGCGGUAAUGCAGCUGCUGGAUAAACGGCUCAUUGCUCCACAUUCAUCAUGAGGCCUAAAUUAUUUCUGUCAUCGCUCGAUGGCUCCCUGUGAUUCGCUCUGCAGUUACAACAAUUACAAAUCUUACAACAGCUGCGUGAAAAUGGAUUACAUAUUAAUAUACCUUCACCUGAAAGGAUCAAAUUACAAUCACUUCACAGGUUUGGUGUCUCCACUAAUGCACCUUUCAUUAUUUGGUCCUAAGGGAAGUUCUUAACUGCAGCAGCCAGCUGUUUUAUUCUUUAUUACUGACGAACUUUUAAUUGCAGAUGUAACUACACUCUUCCAGUCAAAUGACAUUUUAAGUGUUUUAAGUUUUAAAUGAAAUGAAAUGGAAAAAUUGAAACAUGACAGUGGAAAAUAAAGCUUCUUAUGUUACCUGA